CCUCCUAAUGUCAGUGUGAAGAGAGAGCACUUGCAAGAGGUGGCCCUUGGCAGGCAGCUGUACUGGCGGCUCCCCCCCCCCCCCCAGCAAUGCUCCCCGUUUGGCCCAGAUGGUUGUGCAUCUUGCUCUGCUUCGGCCCCUUCGCUCACAGCUUACGCAUCCAGGAAUAUCUCUACUUCCAGGUGCUGAGCCCUGGAGAUAUCCGCUACAUCUUCACUGCCAUCCCGGCCAAGGAUUUCGGAGGGGGGUUUAACACGAGAUACCAGCAGAUCUACCUGGUCCCGGCAGACCCUCCGGAGGCUUGUGGGGCUCUGAACAACGGGGUCUUCAUCGAAGGCCAGAUCGCCUUGGUGGAGCGCGGAGGUUGCUCAUUCCUGUCCAAGACUCGUAUCGUCCAGGAACUCGGCGGCCGUGCGGUGAUCAUCGCGGACAACGCCUAUGACAACGACAACUCCUACGUGGAGAUGAUCCAGGACAGCACCAGGCGGACAGCGGACAUUCCUGCUCUCUUCCUGCUCGGGAGAGACGGGUACAUGAUCCGCCGAUCCUUGGAGCAGCACGGCCUCCCCUGGGCAGUCAUCUCCAUCCCCGUAAACGUCACCAGCAUCUCGACCUACGAACUGAUGCAGCCUCCGUGGACCUUUUGGUAGCAGAGAGCAAGCGGGGCGAAGGAUGCUGGCGAGGACGGAAUACAGACUGGCCGGAAGGCCCUUCCGAAAGGAGCCGGGCUGGGGCCUUACGAACUAGCAACCUCC